UCUUAUGUUCUUGUGCUCGUAAAGCAAAGCAGAUACACACAGCAUCAGUCUGUGAUCCCAGGAGACAAAUCAGAGGGUAUUACCCUCCCUUAUAACUCUCCAUUUACAGAGGGGAAUGCAUUAGCAGCCCUGUCUGUCCUUGUUGGACAUUUCACUGCCUCCCCAGAACUCUCAUCACUAGUCUGUAAGAGGCUGCGGGGACCCAACUGUACCACAGGGAGGAUGGAGUGAAGCAGCUCGGAUACAUUAGUGUGCAGAGAAGGAACAAACCCAUGGCUGUGAGAAAGGGAAAACUGGAUUAAUUCAAUCACUGUUUCACCCUCUGUGAUUGCAACAAGGCAGAAUGGGUGUGCUUAUGUCCAAGAGGCAGACAGUGGAGCAAGUGCAGAAGGUCAGCAUAGCUGUGUCUGCAUUCAAGGAUGGGAUAAAAGAGCGUCCUGCAGUCAAGAGGAAAUCUGAGGGUUGCAUCAGAAAAGGAAGCAAAGCUGACAUGCUGAACCAAGUACUGGAAGAAGCCCAGGAGGGUGAAUCUAACACAGCUUCUCCAUGCCAUACCCAGCCACGACAGGAGAACCCUAUCAACCAGGCUGCGUGGGAGAGACUGCGGGAUGGGCGAGGCGUUGAGCCAGAGGAGUUUGACAAAUCCAGUAGAUUCACCCCACCUGCCUUCAUCAGGCCGACACGAGCACUCAAUGAUGAUGACCCUUUGGAAAUCAGCCUGGAGCAACGGGAGGAGGUCACUAAUGAUGAGAUGUGUGAGAUCUGUGAGGUGUGGACAGCCGAGAGCCUCUUUCCCUGUAGAAUAUGCUCCAGAGUCUUUCAUGACGGCUGCCUAAGGCGCAUGGGCUAUCUUGCCAAUGACAACGCUCUAGAGGUGACGGAGAUGGCUCAUACUGAGAUCGGCUGGAGUUGCUACUAUUGUGACAAUCUUAAUUUGCUGCUGACAGAAGAGGAGACGUACAGUCUUAUGGAAACGUUCAGCCAGUGCAAAGUAAUCCCAGAUUGUCCUCUGACGCUGGAUGACUUCUUGCAUUAUAAGCACCUGGUAAACAGACGGCUACAGGAAAAGCAGCUGAGCGAUGAUAUUGAGGAGUCAGCAACACUGCAGUUCUCUUUCAUGGAUCCAGAGAAGAAGGGGCACGUGGAAUGGGGGGACUUCCUCUCUCAUGAGUCCAUCUGUCUGCUUCAAAAACUACGCAGUCAGAAUUCCUUACUGCGUUUGCUCUCAGCUAAAGAAAGGGAUCAAGCACGCUCCACCUUCCAGUCUCUUGACCAAGACAAUGAUCAACUGAUUAGUGGCAGUGAGUGCAGGAGAGCCCAGCAUGGCUGGUUCCGAAAGCAGUCUAAAGAGACCGUCUCAUGUAAUGUCAGUAUUAGCCAUGUGGGGCCGAUGUCAGAGAGCAGUCCUGCCAGCAGCGCCAGUGGAAAAAGCCAAGGAAAGACCCAGCUGACCACAGAACCAGAAGAGGGCAGACAAGUGAACUGGGAAACUUUCUUGAAGCAAAGCGUCAUCUAUAUUCUUGCAGCACGCCCAAAUAGCUCUGCCAUUCACCUGAAGCCAUCUGUAUAGAAACCGUGAGAAUAAAAACAGGGGUUACCCAUAAGCCUGAUGACGCAUGAUGUAUGGACAGAAGGAUGGAAUAUCUGAUGAUAACAAUGUUCCCUGCAUAGUCUGCAUAGUUGGUCUAGAUGACCUGGACACUGCACAAAGCUAUUUGCCCUAUACAAAAAUGUCUUCCCCCUUUUCCCUUUGCUAAAUGACUAUAUUUUUAUUAGAUUGCAAGUUUCAUGCUCUAAAUAAAGCCAAGGAUUAAUGCAGAUAUAAGUGACAAAGUUCUGAAGAAACUGAAGAUUUGGUAUAACCAAGACUGUGUGGAUCUGGAGGCUAAAGUCACUUCAGGUCUAUAAUCGCACACCAGAAAAACGUCAAACAGGGUCAUGAGCAACCUAAUAUAUGGAAGGCGCCAAAGAGCUGUGAUUUUGUCUUGGUUGGGGUGGGACUGGCUUUAGUGUAGAGAAGACAUCAUAAUGACCAUGACCUGGAUAUGUGGUCACUGUAUUCUCCUGUAUAGUAAUUAUCCUUAAAUGCUGACUUUGGGGUAUUGCUGAACAAAACAUAUUUAAUUCUGGAGUACAUUUGAGUUUGGUUUGUGAUAUUUUCAUGUUUGUAACUGCUAUCUUCCACAGUUUUAACAUUCACAAGAAUUGAUAUAAUUCACUGUAUUCAAUAAGAAGAUCAAAGUGUGCUCAUUGUUGACUUUUUAGUAGGAUCACAAUGAAUUGCAGCAACAUUUUAAUACCCUCUGUUUUUAUGGGUUGUGGCUAUAGCAAUGCUGUGACAUAUUAAAGGAGCAGGGUUUAAUAAGCAUUGACAGUUACACUUGUGAUGAUAUUUUUCUUACUGUCUUCAUUUGAGCUAAUGUAUUCUAUUGGAUGAUACAUCUUCUACAAGAAAAGUUAAAUGACACUAACACGAACUUGUCUUUGUCUGAAAAACAUUAUAGUCUUUUAUCUAAUCUGGCCUAUAAAGAUAACUAUUUAUACCAA